AUGAGAAGAAAAACAGAAAUCUUACUACGUAUUUUCCUGUUUUUACUUUGUCUAAUAGAUCUAAGUGUCAAUGGAGAAUACUUAAUAGGAUUAGGAAGUUAUGACAUGACAGGACCAGCUUCACAAGUGAACAUGAUGGGUUAUGGUAAUUUUGAUCAAAUUACUGGUGGUAUACAUUUUCGAUUACGAGCUAGGACGUUCAUCGUUGCUGAAAGUUUCAAUGGUCCAAGGCUUGUGUUUGUUAAUCUUGAUGCUGGUAUGGCUUCACAACUUGUCACAAUCAAAGUACUCAAGCGACUAAAGUCAAGGUAUGGAAAUAUAUAUAGCGAAGAAAAUGUUGCAAUAAGUGGGACACAUACUCAUGCUGGUCCAGGAGGUUAUUUGCAAUAUGUGACAUAUAGUGUAACUUCAUUGGGCUUUGUGCCACAAUCAUUUGAGGCAAUUGUUACUGCCAUUAAGCUCAGUAUUGUCCAGGCCCAUGACAAUCUAAAGCCUGGUUCUAUCUUUAUCAACAAAGGAGAUCUAGAAAAUGCAGGCAUAAACAGGAGUCCAAGUGCAUAUUUAUUCAAUCCUCAAGAAGAGAGAUCUAAAUAUAAUACAAAUAUUGAUACCCUAAUGACCCUUUUGAGGAUUGUUGGCUCCGCCACCGGUUUGCAUAAAUCUCAUCCUCCCUAGACCCCGACCCCCACUUGUGAAAUCUCACUUGAUUACGUUGUUGUAAAAGCAUUUGCUUUAGGCUAUAUAAACUAUCAAUUUAAAGAAUUUUUUACACAUCAAUUAUAUUUAUUUGUUAUAGCAGGUAACCUAUCAGGUAGCAACCAAGAUUUAUUGAAUAAAACAUCUAAAAUCAAGCCUACAGGAGGACAACCUUGUACAAAUACAACAAGUCAAGGCUUUAAGGUGAGAAAAGACAAAGAAAUGAAAUUUGUUGGAGCAUUUUGUCAAUCAAAUGUUGGAGAUGUGAGUCCAAAUGUGGUUGGAGCAUUUUGUAUUGACAGUGGAUUACCUUGUGAUUUUAAUCACUCUUCUUGUCAUGGCAAUGACCAACUCUGUGUGGGCCGCGGGCCUGGAUAUCCAGAUGAAAUAUUGAGUACAAAGAUUAUUGGAAAAAGACAAUUUCAAAAGGCUGUUGAUCUUUUCACAUCUGCUAAACAAGAAUUAACAGGGAAAAUUGAUUAUCGACAUGUUUAUAUUAAUUUUACAAAUAUUAAGGUUCAAUUAGAAGAUAAUAAGGUUGUCCAAACAUGCCCUGCAGCAUUGGGCCCAGGAUUUGCUGCUGGAACUACUGAUGGGCCUGGUGUUUUUGGUUUUCAACAGGGUGAUACUGAGAUAAAUCCAUUUUGGAAGAAAUUAAGAGAUGUGUUAAGAGAACCAAGCCCAUAUCAAGUGGGCUGUCAAAAGCCCAAGACUGUUUUGUUGGACUCUGGAGAGAUGUUUUGGCCAUAUCCUUGGGCGCCAGCAAUACUUCCAAUUCAAAUUUUCAGGUUAGGAAGACUCAUCCUUCUCUCUGUGCCAGGAGAAUUUACAACAAUGGCUGGACGUAGGUUAAGAGAGGCAGUGAAAAAGACACUAGUUCGCAGCGGAAAUGGCGAAUUUGAUGACCAAACUCAUGUUGUCAUAGCUGGCCUAACCAACGCUUACUCACAAUACAUAACCACUUUUGAAGAGUACGAGCAACAACGAUAUGAGGCAGCGUCUACUCUAUACGGUCCACACACAUUAUCAGCAUAUAUUCAAGAAUUCAAGAAGCUAGCUGAAUCUAUGGCAAAAGGAGAAAACAUUACUACAAAAGGACCUUCACCACCAGACCUUUUGUCAAUUCAACUUAGUCUCUUACCAGAUCCUACUGGUGAUUCACCUCCACCGGGAAUAAAUUUUGGCGAUAUUAAACAAGACAUAAUGGUACCAAAAUCCGGAACAUUUACAAAGGGAGACAGAGCAAUUGCAACAUUCUGGAGUGCAAAUCCAAGAUAUGACUUACUUACUGAAGGCACAUUUGCUGUUGUGGAAAUGCUUCAACACCAAAGUUGGCUACCUGAAUAUGAUGACGAUGAUUUUUGCUUGUUCUUUAAAUGGCAAGCAGAAAAUAUCACUAGUAUUGCUCGUGAUGAUGUGAAUAGUUAUGGUUAUGCUACACUUGAAUGGGAAGUACCAGAGGAGGCUAGUCCAGGCGUUUAUCGCUUAAGGCAUUUUGGAUCAACAAAGGAAAUGAAAGAACCAUCAAACUCGUAUUAUACUGGUGCAUCUAGUGCUUUUACAGUGUCAUAG